UCCCCGGCUCAGCCGCGCUCCUCCCGCCUUUUGGUUUCUCCUUGUCCUCCCUCAGGGACGGGGGUCUUCACGCCCUCUACCGCCUCAGUUUAUGCUCCAGUGCCCGCGAGGGGACUGCCCCAGAGCGGUACCCCGGCCUCCCGUCCCCGCCCGCGGCACCUGCCCCGCCUUCCAGCCCCUGGCCGGCUCGCGCGGCGCAGGCGCACCGGGCGCGGCUCAGAGGCCGAGGGCGAACGCAGCCUCUUCUGCCUCCGCCUCCUGCGGCCGCAUCCGCGCGGGGCAGGUCGGCGGCCCCCCGGACCGCGCUGGGCAGAGGCCCCGCGGGCCGCGCGUCGCCAUGGGCGCGGGCUGGAGCAGCGAGGAGGAGCGGCAGCCACUGCUGGGGCCCGGGCUCGGGCCUGCGCCGGGGGCUGUCUGGAGAAGCCGGGAAGCGGCGGCGGCGGCGCUGCCCGCGGCGGCCCCGGGUCCCGGGCGGGUGUACGGGCGCCGCUGGCUGGUGCUGCUGCUCUUCUCGCUGCUGGGCUUCGCGCAGGGCCUGGUCUGGAACACCUGGGGCCCCAUCCAGAACUCGGCGCGCCAGGCCUAUGGCUUCUCCAGCUGGGACAUCGCGCUGCUCGUGCUGUGGGGACCCAUCGGCUUCCUGCCCUGCUUCGCGUUCAUGUGGCUCCUGGACAAGAGAGGUCUUCGGGUAACAGUGCUUCUGACAUCCUUCCUUAUGGUUUUGGGAACUGGUCUAAGAUGCAUACCUGUAUCAGACUUAAUGCUUAAAAGAAGACUAAUCCAUGGAGGACAGUUGUUAAAUGGAUUGGCAGGUCCAACGGUAAUGAACGCAGCCCCGUUCCUCUCUACGACGUGGUUUUCUGCAGAUGAACGGGCCACCGCCACAGCCAUUGCGUCAAUGCUCAGUUACCUUGGUGGAGCAUGCGCAUUUUUAGUUGGGCCACUGGUCGUUCCAGCCCCCAAUGGGACAUCGCCUCUUCUUGCUUCAGAGACGAGCAGGACCCACAUUAAAGAUCUCAUAGAGACUGUAUUGUAUGCAGAAUUUGGAGUUGUCUGCUUACUGUUUUCUGCAACAUUAGUUUAUUUCCCACCCCGGCCUCCACUUCCUCCCAGUGUUGCUGCAGCUAGCCAGCGGCUGAGUUAUCGGCGGAGCUUUUGUAGAUUAUUAAGCAACAUGAGAUUUUUGAUGAUUGCUUUAGCAUAUGCCAUACCACUUGGUGUAUUUGCUGGUUGGUCUGGAGUUCUGGACUUAAUUUUAACACCAGUGCAUGUCAGCCAAGUAGAUGCUGGCUGGAUUGGAUUUUGGUCCAUAGUUGGAGGCUGUGUUGUUGGAAUAGCUAUGGCAAGGUUUGCAGAUUUUAUCAGGGGUAUGCUGAAACUAAUUCUUCUCCUCCUGUUUUCUGGGGCUACCCUGUCGUCCACGUGGUUCACCCUGACCUGUUUGAAUAGCAUCACACACCUGCCUUUAACCACAGUGACAUUGUAUGCCUCCUGCAUUCUCCUGGGAGUGUUCUUGAAUAGCAGUAUACCUAUAUUUUUUGAGCUUUUUGUGGAAACUGUCUACCCAGUUCCAGAAGGAAUUACAUGUGGAGUUGUCACUUUUUUAAGUAAUAUGUUCAUGGGAGUACUUUUAUUUUUUCUCACAUUUUAUCACACAGAGUUGUCUUGGUUCAACUGGUGCCUUCCCGGGUCGUGUUUGCUCAGUCUCCUCCUCAUUCUGUGCUUCAGGGAAUCGUAUGACAGACUGUAUCUUGAUGUGGUUGUCUCAGUAUAAUGGCACGAACGUGAAGGAAUUUAAAAAGGGACUGGAAAUCAUACUGCAUACUGCACAUUUGCUUGGAGUUGCACACCUAACGGGAAAAACAAAAGGAGAAGAGAGAAACUUCACUCAGAGGUUUUGUUAGGUUACAGAUGAUCACAUUCAUUUCAUGACUACUAGGUAAUAAUAAUGUGGGACUUAGGGAUACUAGGGGAUUGAAAGACUAUAAAAUGGCACACCUGUGCCUGGUUCCGGGGUCGGAAGUGUGGAUAUCUUACACGUAAAGCACUACCUAAAUAAUGUCCUCUAUGUUUUGUGCCAGUGCUGAACUACUGAUUGAUCAUUUGUAAUUAUGGAAAGAAAGAAAGGGUAUUUGUCACAUACCUUACCUAAGUCACAUAUCAGAGUAGGAAGAAAUGCCACUAACUUCUAAAGAAGUUUAAACCCUCUAUCAGAUUUUAAUUAUAAAAUAGCCAAGAGGUCUAUCGAUGAUCAAAAUUAGCCACGUGUACACUACGUUUUUUCUAAUAAAGCCAUUUCUUAUAUGACUCCUUAUUUUUAAUUAGGUCAGAAACCUUUGGCCAUCUUUAUUACGGUGAACAAGUGCUUCCCACUGAUUUCAGAGCACAUACUUUGUGUCUCGAUCUCAACUUAUCCUUGUUUCUGUGAAAUACAAUUUCAUCUACUAGGCUCUUAAAUAAUUAUAUUAAAGGUGACUAAAUGUUCGGUAUAGUCGCAUUAAAUACUGUAUGAAAAAUGUAAUUCCGUACUGAUUUAGCACUUUGUUAAAAGUGAAAUGACAAAUCACAUAGAACAUUCUGUGUCUUCAUGCUAUAUAUACAUAUACAUGUAUAUGUAUAUAUAUAUAUGGUGGCAUGGGAUGUAAAGUCCAGUAAAGUCCAGCACCAGCUAUUAUUCGCUAGGGUUGCAGUUUAUUAAAUGACCCUUGUUUGAAAAUAACAAUUUCUAAUGUUGAAACUUCCAAAUCUGUUGAGUGGUUUCUGGAUUACAUUCUUGUAUUUCAAUUCAGGUUGUAAAAUACUCAAUUCUGUAUGGAGUCCGUACAUUUGAGAAGGCGAUCUUUUGCCAGUACCUGUUUUCUUUGUAUGGAUGAUAGUUUUUUUAAAAAUGACAGUUACUCAUUGGACAGCUCUCAGACAUAUAUUUCACUGUGACAUAAAAUAUGCUCCAAUGGGAUUAUGAUACUACCACUGUUCACAUUUACAUCAUUCCCCUUACCCAGGAAACCCACACAUUUUCCCAGAAAGACAAGAACAAUACUUUCUUUGCCUUCAUUAUUCUCAGCUUCCUUCAACCCCCUCUCUUUUUUUUUCCUCCCUUGAAAGUAUAUCUUCAUUGUCAGCUAAAUACAUUUUUAUUUGUCUUUCUCUGGACAGAGUGCAAGCCAACUCCUCUCUUAGCCUUGGUGGUAGAAUGUGGUUAAAGAGAGCUAGUUAGCCCUCCGCUCUGCUCAUCUCACCACGUGUGCACACACCCUCACACACAGUCCCAAAUGCUCCCCCUUCUCCCCCUUCAUAAGGCCAAAGCUGUGUGGGAACUCACCCCGGUCUCAGAGGGGGUCUAAGCCUUCUUCUGAGAUCCUAAAUUGUGCUCCUUGAAAAGUAAGAAAUUCAGCCUCUGUCUUCCAUCACCUUUAAAUCAGCCCCUUUAUAACCAUCCUGCUAACUUAGCAUCGAGAACUGAAGGAACUAAGGAACCUGCUAAAGAGAAGAAAGCUAAGGAACUUGCUAAGAGAAGAAAGCUAAGUAGUUCCAGUUAACUCUGUCACCCUUCAAUAAAAGGAAAGCAGGAUUCUUGAAGAUGAUUGAAAGCCAGCCACUAUGGAUAUUAGCAGUCCAUGAGCCGGUGCUAAACUAACCCCCAGCCCUUCCUUUUUGGAUAGAAGACAGAAAGGAGAGGGAAGAACUAGGAAGUAUUUGGUUUUAGUCAGAACUAUUGUGUUUGAGGACACUGUAUAUGAAAUUUUGCUAUAAUAAGACAUGAAGUAGAACAUUUUAAUUUUAGUUAAUUCUACUUUUAAGACAAAGUGAAGAAAAACACUUUAAAAAUAUUACCUAAAUGACUAGUUUAAUGACAUCCCAUGUGGGUAGUGAUGAAAAAUUCCUACAUUGUACCAGACACCAACCAUUGUUUUUAGCACACAUGAAAUGAGAUGAGUACUUCCGUCUAUUCUAUCUGCUUACCCCUCUGGCAGACGCUUGUUCUAAUCACAAACUGCAACUGUUUUAAGUCAUCAAAAUUUCAUAUACCAAACCUGAUAGAACUAAAGGGGAGAGAGGACUACACAUUAUUCAUUUCCCUGAAUAUUUCAAGUCAUAUGCAUUUUUUACUUGUUAUUUCUAGCAUGCAUCACAAUAGACCAGCUGUUGUCUUUGUACUUUCUAAACAGACAUUACAGAGUCCCAAUGAAAUUUUAUAACGAAAGAAGUCUGAACCCUCUACUAAGCCAAGCCCCUCAUUUUAGAAUUUAUAGAAACAAUCCCACAGAGGUUCAGGGUCUUGCUGAAGGUCACAGUCCUAGUUAGUGACAGAAGUAGAACCAACUGAAACCCACACCUUGUGACUCCCAAAGCAGGGUUUUUCCCUACUUCACAAAACCGCGGCUUAAUUCAAACAUUUCGGGGGGUUUGUGAGUACUCCUCCAUGUUCACACAUGGUGGGGCUCCAGAGCAAAUCAUCAUUACUCAGUAUGGAAAGUACAGGGAUCCAAUUAAGGUGACUGGUUUUUAAGUAAGAUCAUUCUGUUUUCUUCAUCCUGUUGGUGCUCUAACAUCUCUGAGUCUUCGCUUGCAGGGACGUGAUAUAAAACGAUUCUGAUGAAUAAUUCAAUCCUCAUAAACCAAGUCAACAGCAUUAAUUGGUAAGGACAUGUUGUAGUGUAAGUUCCCCGUGGCUUAUCAAUGAAUACUUCACAGUUUAUGGGAAGAAACAUUUUUUAAUAUGGUCCGUGGUCGAGGUAUAGGCACAAGAUAAUUACACACACAAAUGCAUUUCACUGGAGGAUGGAGCUAAUAAAAUAACAAGAGGGAAUCAAGUUCAAGUAGGAUUUUGUAUGUUUAAGCAUAUAUGGCUUCAGGACCAAGCUUUAUCAUAGAUCAUAUAUUUAUGCUUAAUUAUUGAGAAUGUUUACAGCUUGUUUUUAUGAAGCCCUUCUAAUGAGGGAUUCAGCUAAGAGAUUUUAAAUUGAAGAGAUUAAAUUCCCAUCUACUUCAAAUUAGGGGUUUUUUACUCUUAUUUUUACUAAAAUCUAGGCAUUCAUCUUGCUGGUUACAUAAGUAGUAGCUACAUUUUAAACUCAAGAUCAAAUACGAAUGCAUAGUAAAUGUGCUUUAAAUUAAUGUUAAAAAUCACAUUAAUUCCACACUGAAUUACUGUGAUUAUACCAUUUUAUAUAGCAAGUGCAAAAGAAAACUAUGAGGAAAUUUGAUGACACCUAUUUUGUGGAUCUAGGAAAAACAGAAUUCCCCUUUAAUUUAGAAUUAUACAGAAAGGGACAAAUUAAAGCUUAUUUCCAUACUAUCAAAGAAUUCGCUACUCUGUUCGGAAAAUAUAAGCAAUAUUCCGGGGGCAUGUAGUGUUGGACCAUCCCAGAAGAACAAAAGUUGACAGAUUUUGGGGUGCUCUUUUAACAGCAUCCAUUGGGUACUUUGUACUCAGUGGAAGUAGUUGUGUGCUCAGUAAGCGGACGCCUUGGCUGCCCCAAGCGCACGUGUCCUCUCAGGUGUCUGAGACUCUCCUAGGUCUCUGCUUCCUUGAACUGACUUCCCGGCACAGGCUUCACCCUGAGCCCGUCCCUGAGCUCCGAGGCGGAAGCCCAGUCUCAUUCUUGACUAUGACUAAGGCCAUACGCCUGGGCUUCCCUCUCCUGAGCAGGACGCUAGCAUGAGUAAAUCCAGAGAGAUUUAACGGUUCUUCCCACAGCAAGUCUGAUAAAUUAGAAUAUUCCCUGAAAUGGGAAUGACAGAGGUCUCAAACAAGCUUCUCUAGUUAUUACCUGUUGCAUUUUAGAAUAUGGACUGUUUCGAUAGCCUUAUGUAGUCUUUCUGUUGUGCCUUGGAAAUCUGGAAGGCCUCAAAUGAUAGCUUUCCAUCUCAACCCACACUCAAAAAGUGAGAGCAAAGGUUACUCCCCCCUAGCUGUUCUGCUCAUUCAACAAGGGACACUUACACUUUUUUUUUAAACAACCAAAAAAUGAAAGCAUGGAAUUCAUUUCAGCAACUUGAUAAAAUGUUAGAAACGCAUCAAACCAUUUUAGCUCUAAAGCACACAUCACAGUGCUCUUGGGGCUCCCUCUGGGCACUUCUCGUCUGUAAGGGAGGCUUCCACAGUCUUGACCAGAAUGGCAGGAAUGACUUGGAGACACUUUUCAUUUACCUAAAUGUUAAAAAUCAUACUUCUACUUCAUACAACUUAAUUUAGGCUUUUUCUAAUUCAGAUUGAUUUUCUUCCCAUUGAAUCAAAGAGAUGAUCUAAUCCAACUACCUCAUUUUACAAAUUAACAGAGAACCUUUGAAGUUCAAUGCCCCAGCCAAGUUGUAGCAGAUAACCUGAGUCCUAGACCAGCAUUCUUUCCAUAAGUGAUGAAUGUGGUGACCAGAAAUAAAUUUUUUAAGUAAUUUCUUCAUUUCUUUUAAAUUUUUGAAAAUUAAACAAGAAAAUCCAUGAAUGUAUAUCCAUUAUAAAAUACCCAGUACAGAAAUAGAGUGAAGUCUACCUCCAUACAAACACGUGCUGACUAUCCAUUCCCCUUCUCCAAAGUAUUUCCUUAUUAAUCUUUUCAGAAAUUCUUCUGUGCUUUCACAUACGUAUGUAUAGAAACUUAGAGGGGAUUUAAAAUUAAGUCAUCUAGGGAACUGUUUCUUAGACCGUGUUGGCAUUAGCUUUUGGGGGGCAGAAGCAGGAGUUUCUGAGAUCCUUAUUUCUCUCCCAGAUGAGUCUGUAUCAAAUGUAGGAGUAGUUAAUAGAGACAGGUCACAAACCUGGUUGUGUACCAUCAAACUCUAUCAUAUCCUAAAGUUUAAAAGUGAAAUUUAAUAUGCAAUAUUCUGUUUUUCUUAUUGGAAAUUGAGUUUCUGUUUUUAUGUGGUCAACUAGGGCCCACAUACUGCGAGAGAAGAAAGUGAAUGACCCACACCCGAAACCCAAAUUAAUUUUCUCGACAGGGCUUCCUUGGCUCUUUGUCUCAGGAGAGACACACAACCGUAUAGAAAGCAAAGAAUCAAGAGAGUAAACUGUGUGAUUCCAUUUUUUUAAAACAAUAGCUAAUGAAGAUUCUGGUGAUCCUUCCUAUUUUCCUGGUCACUUUCCUUAGCUGUCCUGACUCUCACACUACCCAUAAAACGGAUGCAUUGUAGUAGGACAAGAGUGUAGCUUGGUUUGGUCACCUCUUCCUUCCCUGCCCUCCUUCCCAUCCAGCUUUCCCCUUUCCGGUUGCGUCAGAUUUUCCGAGUUACCAGCAUUAGAGAGGAAAGCUGGCCAGUUUCUUCAUGAACUAGACUAGAGACACCCAGGAGCCCCCGGGCCUGGCAGGUGUCCCAGGCCUAGUGUCUUCAGCUGUUUGACCUUGAGCAAGUCACUUCAUUUCCCAUUUAUCACAUCUCUGAAAUAAGGGAGCCAACAAAGAUAUUCCCUAAGGUCUGUUCCAGUUCAAAAACUCAGGUCUGUUCUUAUUUAAGUAGGAAAAAAUGACGAAUGACGGAAGCAGUCUCUAAAAUUGCAGACCUUCCCAGCACCGUCAUGUUUCCAUUUGUGCAGUGGCCCUCCUCCUGUGAAUACAUGGACUAUUCCACUGCACACGCUAGACGAGAAGAAUUGGCUUUUUCAUUGUAUGUGGUAGGAGAUAAGCUACAGGUGCUGUUUAUUUCCCCCAAAGAACUUUGUAUAUGAAAUGCAUCAAACACAUCAAAAUGUAUCAAACACAAUAAGAGAGAGAUCUGCCAUCUGAUGUUGAGACAGCGUUCCAGAAGCCAGGUCAGAGCACUGCAUUUGCUCGCUGGAAUCAGGCCAAACCAGGAACCCAUCCUUUGGCUUGGUUUGAUUCAUUGUGAGUCAGGGACGGGUUUGCACCUGUAGAAAUCAAACUGUCAGAUCAGAUGGUAAAGCCCAUCCUCAGGCUUAUGUAUCUAGAGUCAUGGCACCAAAGGAUUGAUUGUAAGUUGCUUUGCCACUAUGUCAUCCUCGACAUGGCCACAUUCUGUCAGGAGAGCUGUGCGGAUACCUCACAGAGAGCAGAGCCUCAGCUUGUCAAGGCCGGAUCUGCGUGCAGGUAUUAGUAAACAAGGCUUCACUGAGGCUCUGAUGUGAGCACAACAGCUAAUGGAGAAAGGAACCGAAAGAAGGGACCAGGCUGGGAGUCAGAAGGGACCAGUCUCUCGCCAGGGCAGCUGCUGAGCACCCUUGGGGCCUUUGGCAAACCACCUGUCCUCUCGGACUUCAUUUUCCGCACCUCUAAAUUAAGAGGGUGAGAGUAGAUGUUCCUUUGGCUGAAAAGUUUUCUACACCUAGUGGUCACACGUCACCGAAAGUAGAAGACGAUAGUAGAGUGCACUACCUAUCCCCAAUACUUCCAGUUCUGCAUUAUCAUCUCAGAUAAAGGCGGAAAUUCUACAGGGCCCUGUUAGCUGUUAGUGAUGUGCUAACAGGAGCCGGGCAGUGCAAGAAACUCAGGCUGUCAACAUACCCGUUUAUUCCUUCCCUCGUCCUUCUAUUCAUUCUGGAUAGAGUAAUGAUAUGUGUGCAGUGUGUGCCUGUGAAGAGAAUCAGAAAACCAAAGAUGUUUCUAUCCUUCAGGACCCUUUAGACAUAUUUUAAAAACCAUAACACUCUCCUGAACUAACAAUUAAAAGAAAGAUUGACAGUUUCCCAAAUCCUUAAUUACACACAGCAGGCACCUAAGUACCUUUCUCAUACCAUCAUUAACCAUAACUGAUUUCAAGGAAAGAAUAUUUUGUUCCAUUGAAAUUUUCAUCAUAGACAGAAGCUGUAUCUAUCUGGGAGCAUGGAAUCAAUUUUGGCAUUAGGAAUCCCAACCUCACCAUCACGGCUGGCUUACUAGUCCUUCAGGAAGUUGGGAAGAUUGUUGGCGCCUCCAUUUCCUCUGAAGACAAAUUUAACAAAUGCAUGCACACUAAGAUACCCAUAUUCAUAAGGCCUUGUGAGUCUCCUUUCUAAGGGGAAUUUGAAUUUUAACAAAGAACAAAGACUAAACACCAAAAGGAAGGAUUUCUAAUGAUAGAACUUGGGAUUUCAGCCUGUCAGAUAGAGAAGGGCUAGUCUGGGGACUGGAGUCUUUAUGGGAGCCCUUCCGGUCUCCCCAUCUGCGAGUGAACCCAAGCACACUUGAUGCAUCACUAGUGAAGUCCCAGCCUCUGAAGACUUUGCAGAAACCCAAAGAAUGCUAAAAAAGGGGGGGAGGGGGAGGUUUUAGUUCUGCAGAUGAUUUUAUUUAAUACAAAUGUCCCCAAUUUCAAAUUUAUCUCCCUCUCCACCAGGAAUGUAUCCUUUUGGAGGCUUUUGAAAAUUAAGUUUUAGGAAAAUUCUGCCUCCCUCUUGCUAGAUGGCAUCUACAAGUCCCAAACAACAUCGCUUCCUUUGACCUAUGCACAUAAUGUGCUAUUUCUGUUUCGGUCUGUGACUCGGAGAACGUGCCUGGCAGAAGUCAGGAGAGCUGAUUGCUCCCACCUCACCUGUCAUAGGACGGGGCCUGUCCAGUGGAAUUUAGCUAAGAUGAGGGGGUGUGUUGGGGUGGCCUCUUUCUUCUUAGUUCUUUCCUGAACUCACUAAUUCACAUUGUAUUGUUCUUCCUGAUCUAUAAGUUAUUGCUGAGAAAUUGUUUUAGUAAGUGACAGAGAUGUCUCAGAUGCAGCCAUCCCUCUCCUCCAUAAUCCCACUGUCCUUGCGGCUUGUGCCCUAGAAUCCUUGCUCCAUGUCCCAAGGAAAGUAAUUACAUUUGUUCUUUUCAGGGAAAAAACAUCAAUUGAUAUGUUAGCCCUGACACCUCACCCUCUUUUAUCCCAAAAUAGAGAAGCCCUUCCAUAUUUGUUGUCGUUUUCACUCAAGCUUAGUGUCAAUCUCCAGGCAGGGCGACUCCAUGCUACCCUUCUGAUGCCUGUAAUCAUCCUUCCACCUAACUGGGAGAAAGGUUAUUCAAAUGAACCAGCUACUGAUUUCCUUCCCAUCCAGUCUUUUAUCAAUAUUGCUCUACCAGUAAAUUCUUUGUUAGCUAGGUCCUGGAAUUUAUUUCAUGUUUUUUUAAACUUUAAUUUUUUUCUUACAAAAUUGCUUCUUUUAUCUUAGAGCAGACUAUGAUCUUUUUCCUUCUGUGUACUUUAUAAUACAAUUUGUACAUAAUGGAACAUUCUAAAAUAAAGUCAGGCAGGGAUUUCAUCAUAGCCAAUAUUAAAUGCCGGGAAAGGCAGAUCAUAUUUAAAAAAGAAAAAAGAUCUAGGAUGCAGGAGGCUGGAUCUCGUAAUUCAGCCAGUAUGUUUGCAGAUCCUGCAGCAUGCUGAGCACUGGGCUAGGCGCUGAGGUUGUAGAAACAAUUAAGACAGUGUCCUGGCCCUCACAUUCAUUUUCCGAUGAGUCCAUUCAUAUAAACCGUGUAGUUCAAAGCUAGCAACACCCCCCAAAAGGCUGCUAGAAGCUUUGUCACUUAUUUCUACAACUGUCUAUGGGAUCUUACUCUAUUUGGAAGAACAGGUUCUAAAUCCUGUUUUCUUGGGCCAUGACGAAUCCAUGCGUGUCCCUAACUUCAUGGAGUAUAACACACUCCUGGACAGCUUUUGAAGGGAAAGGCAGAGAAAUCUGUUUUGAUGACUUGAGAAGGGGAGAAAGGGUUUAGGAAAGCUAACAAGCUUCCAAAGAUUUCCCACCUGUUAGUGCUCUUUCAGACAUGGGACUGGGCAGAGGGAAGAGCCUUCUAGUAAGGAGGAGACAAGGCUAUGUAAGGAGGCCCAGGAGACCACCGUGGAAGAGUCAGUGAGACGUAAGCCAGGCCUAUAGGCAUGUGUUAAUAUAUCUGCUGAGCAAAAUUGGAGAAGGAGGUUUGGAGGCAGAGUUGUAGUAGAAGCCAGAUUCUGGAAAACAGCCCCGAAACUGGCUUAUUCUCACUGAGUCAUCUGGCUCAGCCUCCUGCCUCCAAGUACAUCCUGCCUGUGGCACGUCUGGCCAACUGCUUUCUCUGCUCAAGAGGGCUGGAGAUUCUACAACUUCCCUGUCCCUGUGCCAGAGCCUCUCCCCAUUUGCACUGAGAACUUCUUGCUUUCAAGGAAUGGAGGCCAGAGGGGGCUGCUCAAGAAACAGUGGCAGAGGGAAGCCAGCAGAACAGAUCAAGGCAGAGGGCCCCAGGUAACGAGGGAUUGUAGUGGUGAGGGAAGAGUCCCCACGGUUCCCACUUCGCAUUGGCAUUCACGCAAGCCGGCGGGAGCGCUGGAAGGCGGCGCCCGCCAUCUGGAACCGCCCCCCCCCCCCCCCCCCCCGCCCCGCACAGAUGCCCUGUCUGGCAUGGUGGGUCUCCAGUUCUGCUCUGAGAAAGCAGUGGGAACAGACAUCCAUCGCCUCCCAAGAGGAACUGCGUUUUACUCCAAAGGCUGUAACUUUAACAACCCCCCUCCCUUCCAUCCUCCAAGGAAUGUUCUGUAAUUGAAGGCAUGCCUUUGAAACCUAUUGUGUUUCAUGCACUCUGCCAGCAUAGUUGCUUUUCAUGCCAAUUCUUGGAUGCAAAGAAAUCUUGAGUAGUCCAAGUGGACUUCGAUCCAAGUAAAAUUCCCGUCUCUUACUCCAUUCAGACUUCUCCGUCCACCUCCACCCUCUCAGUCACUCUCCUAGAAGCAAGCCAGAAAGCCUGUCCAGCCAAAAUCGCUAUCCCAAAGCCCAAACACUUCGUUGUUCGCCUUCUGCUCCUAAGUCACCACGCAUUUGGUCUAACUUUAUAGUUCUCUGGCUUGAGCGGCCGUGCGCUACCUGACAGAGCAGGAAGGCAGGCCGAGGCCGGGGCAGCAGGUGGUAGGUCAGGUGGCUGCAGAAACAGAGCAGGUGCAGCUCCUGGAGCAGGAAACUUCAACAGUCCUAUGGCCACCACCACCCAUCCGGGGAGUGGGAAGGGGGGGACUAGCAUGCCAAACAGACUCCCCCAUUCUCAUUCCCCGGGGUUCCUGUAGGUCACCCUGCCUUCAGCCUUGAGGCUCCCUCUUGGCCUUGAGUCGCAUUCCUGUUCAUGCUCCCCACCCCCCACCCCCACCCCCAUUGUCUCUGGUUAGUCCAAGGCUGCAGUGAAGUCCCUGAUUCCUUUCAUUCAGUCUAUGGAAAAACAAAGUCCUUUCCUGCCGGGAUCCGGGUCCACCCUGGGAACGGUUUUUGGCUGAAACUGCUACAGUUAAACACAAGAAGUUCUGAUUACAAGAGCAAAAUAGCGUUCCAGCAGGCUGCAGCCGAUUCACUGCUUCUGGGGCUCUAAGGAGGAGAAUGGGUCAGGGCUGGGCCAGAGGACUGAGCAUAGACCAAAUGAUCUCUUGAGAUUCCUCCCAGCUCCAGGACCUGAUUUUUCCAAUGGCAACACUAAGAUCUAGGCAACACAAAGAUCUAGACUCUUUGACAGCAGGGGCCCCACCUCUUAUGACACCGCAUGUGCUCGGGCAAACUUCCUCUUCCCAGCACAAGACAUGGUGUAAAUAUGAACAGGUGCGGGGGGAGCUUAGAAUCUGCCCCCACGGAGCCUCGGUGCUGGCAGGGGCGGGGGGGGCGGGUUGUGUGCAUACCUGCUUGCCCAGCUCUGUGACCCAGUGGGUCUAUGCAACUGUCAAAGCGUGAGUGUGUGUGAUAAAUGCCCCUCUGACUCUCACAAUUUAGGAGGUGUUCUGUGCGUUUUUAAACAACUCUUACCAUGUAAAGAUUGUAUUACAUUUUAAUAAAAAAAUUUUUUUUGCAUUUUACUUUUUUAAUAUUUGGGGUUUUAUAGACUUUGAUUUUAUGGCCAAGUAUACUUUUGUAAGGAAAUGUUGAAGUCUUGAAUAUUUUUAUUCUUUUAAAACUAUAGUUAAUGUCAACUGUAAGCACUGAUAAAUAGUAUUCAUGUGCAAUUUUCCCUCCUUUUCAUCGGGUCUUUUUAAGAAACUAUGUUUUGGCAAAGCGUUUUAUUUAAAAACUCUGCUUCACUUUACACAUUGUGAAGACUGAA